AUGCCACCCCCCCAUGCCACGCAAACUCCCCAUCUCUCUCUGCUCGCCGAUCAUGCCCUUAGACCAGACAUGCUAAAAGCCGACAUGGAAUACCAACAUACUGACCGAUCUGCAGCUUCGAGUACCUUCCUAAGUCAAAGCGACAACAGCGAUAUUAGCAAUCUCCAGGAGUGGCCUAUCAAGUAUAUCCUACGCGAAACAGCCACAGAGUAUCUUAUUGACUGGGAGGGACCUUACGAUCCAACGUGGGAGCCCAAAGAGAACGCAAGUGAGCUUGCUGUACAAGUUUGGAACAGGCGCAAGGCUCUGAACGCAUCAAAGCUUAGCUCGCAAGUAGCAAGCACGCAAAGCUCGGAUUUUCCUGGUCUUCCCGGGGUCUCUUCCUACUCUACUCAAACAGCCAGGGACUCGCAGAUCACCUCUUCUGUUCCAUUUGAGCACGACCUUGAUCAGAGCCAGACCAGCUGGAAACCCUCCUUGUCAUCAUCUGCGCAACAAGGCAGUUCCUUGGAGAUUCCAGAGAGUCCUCAAUCCCGAUAUAUCGAGCUCUCAAGCCAACUCGCCGAGACUUCCUCUCCUUUUCAAGAUUCUCCUGACUAUUCAACAAUCAGAGCAUCUGUGCCCACCAGCUCUGACUGGCAGCCUGACUCUUCGGAAUACGUUCCUGAAUCAUCGAUAGUAUCCAGUCAUUUGUCACAGGGCCGGCGGCACAGAAGCGCCAGGUUUGAGACACUCCGGCCUGGUAGUUUCCAGUACCACGUCACUUCCGAUCCAAGCCAAACCGGCCUUUCCCAAGUUUCCUCGGGGUCCUCCCGUCAGUGGCAGAGUUCCGGAAGCAACCCUGACGCAGGAGAGCCCGUGCAGGCAAAAACACCUGCUAUCAAAUCCAGUUGCGAGGUUUAUGAGAUUUCAGAAACACCGAGCCAGCCACAAAUCUUAGAAGCCAAUAUUUCUCAUCUUGUGCCUACUUGUCUCCGAAGCAUUUCUUCUCGGAUUUCGAUUAGCACCCCGUCGCAACCCCUUGCCUCCCCUGGACCUGUUGUUGAAGCGUCAGUCCGCGCGCACAUAUCUAGCUGGAGCUCGAUUCCAGAGACAGUCUUUGACAACCGAUCACAAAAUUCAGAAGGUAGCAGCGCGAAAGCUCACACUCGACCAAUGCUUCCACUAUCUAGCCUGAUGGAGCCAAACCCACCUGCCAACGUGGACAGGAAAGGAAAGUCAUUCAAAGCUUCUAGUCCCAACACCCAGUCGGACAGAUAUGGUGAUCUGCCCGGAUCUAGUUCCAAGGAAAAGACCCGCAACGACUGGGCCCAGCUUGGCCCAGAAAGCCAAACGGGAGCACCACAAGCUGGAUCUGCCAUUGACACCCCAUCUUCGGUAGGGGAUAUUGAGGCCACCAUGUCUGUACCUAUUCCCGAAGCCGCAGUCCCUCUCAGCACUAGAGCAGACACUGGGUCUUUCUCUCAUUCACAUACCGCAGUCCACCAUGGCCAUUCCGAGCCCCUACUGACAGCUUCAGAAAUGGCACAUGGGGGUAACAUCAGCCAGUCUUCGAUGCAGACGAUUCAACCAAGUGCAUUGACAGUUACUGGCAUGGAUGAGGUUGCCCCAGGGUCGGUCCAACUCGGGCCCUCCGAAUACGCUGUUACUCUUCCAAUGGAUUCUCGGGUCAAAGACGACUAUGAACGGGUCUUGUCAGAUGCGGCUACCAACAUACGUCAAUUCUUUAGCAGCUUCCAGUCAAAUUCCCAGCACUCUGCUUCCGAAAGAGAUGACUUGUUUUCAGGCAUGCGCGGUGUCGUUUCAAGACUGAACAAUAUCGCAAUCCAUCCAGACCUGAACAUAUCGGAACAUCUCAAGGGAGUGGAACAACCUGACCUUGCAAAGGAGGCAUCUUGGGCGGAAUACUCCAGUGCCAAAUUUCUGUUUCUGGGUCAUUUUAUGGAGCUUGCUGGUAUGCAUGAGCUCCACGUGAUAAUUGCUGUCGGGAACGAGAAGAAACAGGAAAUCCUUGAACGUUACCUGCAAGGCAAGGGCUUCGCCUACACAAGAGCCCGAGAUGAAAUGGGUACUGCAGUCGAAGUCUCUCUGGCGAAGGGCCCACUUAGCUUUGGUAUCCAUUCCAGUGAGAAUGCGCGGGAGCUUUUCAAGACACCAUCCGCUAUUUUUGCGUUGGACUCAUCCUUCAGCUCCAGAAGCCCCUCGAUGCAACACAUUCGAACCACCUAUGCUCGAAAUGGAAAUUUGCUCCCCGUCAUCUGGUUCCUUAUUGCCAACACAAGUGAGCAUAUUGAACGUUGUCUGCCCGAAUUACCAAAAACUGAGCAGCUGCACCUGCUUGUACAUUACAUUGCCCGUCUCCAUGAUGAGGUCGGCGAUCUGCAGGACAAUGCUCUCGGUGUUCAAGAAGAUGCUGAAGAAAUUUUGAACUAUCUCUUGGAUAGCGCGUCUGGGUGGCCGCUGCCUACCAUUGAGCCCCUGAACCUUGUCUCUUUAGAAGAACUUGAGGUUUCUAAUGACUCUUCCUCGGACGAGGCACCACCACCACCGCAGAAAAGGGCAUUUGAUGAGGACUCUGAAGUCUACUCAUCAAAACGCCCUCGCGUUGGUGUCCAAGAAGAUAGUCAAUUGACUGAAUCAACCAAGCCUCCGACUCAAACGCUCGAUCGCGAUUUGCAGUCAUUGGAGAAGAGUCUCGUUCAGAUGAAGAGCCUACAUGCCACCGAAAAGCAAGAAUUACAGGCUGAGCUCAAUCAGGUCAAACUUCGUUGGCGCGAAUUAGAGAAGACACUGGGGUCCCUCCAGCAUCGCUACGAGACCCGGACGAAUGAAUUCCACAAGACUCGCCAAGAGCGCGAUCACCUGACUAAAAGCAAGUCAACGAGCGAAGAGCGCGUUGAGAAGCAGAUGAACAUUAUCUCCAAGCUGAAAGAGGAGCGACUGGAACUGAACAAUCAGCUUGCAGAAGCCAGGAAAGCCCUUAAAGAUGGCGGUGGCACUGCUGCCGAGAUGGAAACACUACGAGAAGAAAUUCGUCGCUUGAAGAGCGAGAACGAAAAUCUUGUGCACAAGGCCGACUUUGAGAAACGUCAAUCGGAAUACACCAGAGAGCAGUACCAGACUGCAUCUACAGCGGCUGCACAGUCCGGCACCGAAAACCGUCUCUUGACCGCCGAGAACGAGGCACUGAAGCGCAGGGUGGAUGGAAAUAUGGUCAGACUCCACGAGAUCAGUACCCAGAGUUCAUCGGCUCGCCAUACCGCUCGAAUUGAAGAGCUUGAGAUGACGCUCGCUGCGCGCGAUGAAUUCCUGCGCAAAAAAGAGGACGAACUCCGCGAGAUUCGCAAGAACAGGCCAUCCACUCGCUCAACAAGCACUCAACCACGAAGCCCCAAAUGGGCCAACAGCCGCCCCACCAGUCCUGGCGUUGGCCACAACGGCAAUGGGAAUGGGAAUGGUGGCGUUUCUGGUCGAGGCAGUGCUCUUCGAUACAGCUCCGAAAUGCGACUCUAG